AUGCGACCAGCCGAGUCUGAUACGCCGCCCGAGGGGGCACAGGCUAGACUGGACGCGCUGAGGGCCGAAGUCUCGAGGCUGGAUGACACCCUCGUCUUGCUUGCGACGCUGCUGUCCGAGGUCCAGUCGCAGCGGCAGGCCCAUCUUGACGCUGUGGCCGAGCUCCAGACUGCUCUCUCCCCGAUUCGCCGCCUUCCGCCAGAGCUUCUGGCGCAUGUGUUCAUGCUAUGUGCGGCUGCGACUCCGAAGACGGGACGGUCCAUCCUCAACGCCCGCAGCGCACCCAUGCUUUUGGGGCAGGUGUGCUCGCGCUGGAGGGAAGUCCUCCAUGCGACGCCGAGCCUCUGGUCCACUGUGGUGCUGCACACGACCCCCGGUCUGGCGAGGAAGUUUGACGAAGGCGAUCUGCGGACGAUUUUCCAGUUCUCACAGAUGCUUCCUGUCGACGUAGCUAUAUACGGUCGAGACAGCGUGGACAUGGAAUGGUUCUGGGAUGCGCAUACCCGGCUGCAGCACCUGCGACUGGAGACGACUGGAAUUCACGCCCUGCCUGCCAGUUGUCGGACAACGCUACCCUUGCUCGCGUCUGUCACCCUCAUCAUCCUCCACGAGAGCAACCCCCUAUCUCUUCCGCUGCUGGGCCAGUUCCGACGCUCUCCACGCCUAACAUCUCUCCGCCUCGAGUCGCCCAAGGUUGUUGGCGACAUUCUUGACGUCUCUUUCCCCUGGUCUCAGCUGACCUAUCUUGACUUGCACCUCCCGCUCCCUGUGCUCACCGCCCGUAAUGUCGUCGCCCAGUGCUCGUCACUGCAGCACUGCCGCUUGAAGGGCCUCCUUGGUGUCGCGACAGACGAAAAGGAGCGGACGCCGAACCCCGGCGUGACGCUUCCCUCCCUGUGCUCUCUCCAGUUCUUACUUCCCGGGGCGGCGACGAGCAUCUUCCUACGGUCAUUUACUCUCCCCUCUCUCAAAAGCCUCGCGAUAGAGAAUGCACCCUGGCUGUUCCCCGUUCUCCGAGAUCUCCAGGCCCGCUCGCGUUUUGCGCUGGAGCGGCUGGUGCUGAGGGAUAUCGCCGCGUCGAAAGAGGACGUCGUCGCAGCCCUGAACUGUCUGUCGUUGCUUCGUUCGCUGACACUCGACUCGUGUCAUUCGCUCCGCCGCGGCCUCCUCGCUGCUUUUACAUACCCCCCGCCGUCGAAGACCGAGACAUCGCAGAGCUUGCCUCUUGCGCUUGCGCGGCUGGAAACGCUCAGGAUCGUUGAAGCCUUCGCUGAGCUGGAUGGGGGGCAGGUGGCUGACAUGGUCGAAGGGCUCCGGAAACAAAAGAAGGGCGAUCCAUUUCCGGUCAUUCGACGGGUGGAGCUGCAGGUCGCAGGCCACAUAAGCCACACUGGGAUGGAGAGGCUACGGAGCAUGGUGGCCUGCGGGUUUCUUGUGUGGGACGUGAGCUGA